GAUUAUUUGACAAAUCGGCGCUUACGUCCAAGAGCAAAAUCGCCAGGCAUUACUUGUCCGUGACAGAACGAAACGUGACCGACAGUGAUCGUGUCAUUCAGCUUCAAUCAUCUUCUCAAAGUAUAUAAAGCGCGCAACUGUUUUUUUUCAACAGCAAAAGCCGCUCGUGAGUCUCCACCACUAGUAUGCUGCUGCUUAUUGCUUAAUCAGAAGUCAAAAGCUGAAAGCUUUAAGCUUUUUAAGCUGGGACUGAAACAGGAAGUCAAAUUUUGGUGGAUAUUAAGUAGAGCUUUUGAGAUUGGAGAAAUGGCGACGGUGACGGCAUGGCAGUUACCGUACAGAAUCUUGGCGGUGGAGGAAGAAGAAGAUAGCUCGUCGGACCCGACGAACGCGGUGGCGUUCGUGGGUUUGUGUUUGGUGUUAGGAAUCGCCAGCAGGCAUCUAUUGCGUGGUACCAGAGUUCCCUACACUGUCGCUCUGCUCAUCCUUGGCAUUGGCCUCGGCUCCAUAGAAUAUGGCACACAUCAUCAAAUGGGGAGGAUUGGAGACGGAAUUCGAAUUUGGGCAAAUAUUGAUCCUACACUUCUAUUGGCUGUUUUUCUGCCUGCCCUUCUUUUUGAGAGUUCAUUUUCUAUGGAGGUGCACCAAAUAAAGAGGUGUAUGGUACAAAUGCUCAUACUAGCUGGUCCGGGUGUUCUAAUAUCAACCUUUGUCCUUGGAUCUGCUUUGAAGCUCACUUUUCCUUAUGACUGGAGUUGGAAAACAUCACUGUUGCUUGGGGGGCUUCUUAGCGCUACUGAUCCCGUGGCUGUUGUUGCUCUGUUAAAAGAGCUUGGUGCUAGCAAAAAAUUGAGUACAAUAAUUGAAGGAGAAUCCUUGAUGAAUGACGGGACAGCAAUUGUGGUGUAUCAGCUAUUUUAUCAAAUGGUCCUUGGAAAGAGCUAUGACUGGGCCGCCAUAAUUAAAUUUCUAUCUCAAGUUACAUUUGGAGCUGUAGGCAUUGGUCUUGCUUUUGGCAUAGUAUCUGUACUUUGGCUCGGCUUCAUUUUCAACGACACCGUGAUAGAGAUCACACUAACACUUGCUGUCAGCUAUGUUGCUUACUUCACUGCUCAAGAGGGUGCAGACGUGUCUGGUGUCUUGACGGUGAUGACUUUAGGAAUGUUUUAUGCUGCAGUUGCAAGGACAGCUUUUAAGGGUGAAAGCCAACAAAGUUUACAUCAUUUCUGGGAAAUGGUUGCUUAUAUUGCUAAUACCUUAGUUUUCAUCUUGAGUGGAGUUGUUAUUGCUGAAGGCGUUCUUAGUGGUGAAAAUAUUUUUAAUCACGGAAAAUCUUGGUCGUACCUCAUUCUUCUCUAUGUUUAUGUACAAGUUUCCCGGUUCAUAGUUGUUGCGGUUUCAUUUCCCCUUCUCCGGUAUUUUGGAUAUGGUUUGGACUGGAAAGAGGCUAUAAUCCUUAUAUGGUCAGGUCUGCGAGGGGCUGUAGCAUUGUCACUUUCACUGUCAGUGAAGCAAACUAGUGACAGCUCUUCACUUAUCACUUCUGACACAGGAGUCCUUUUUGUUUUCUUCACUGGCGGAAUUGUCUUCUUGACACUAGUUGUGAACGGUUCCACCACACAAUUCAUUUUACGCCUUCUAGAUCUGGACAAGCUAUCAGCAGCUAAGAGGCGCGUGCUGGAGUACACAAAAUAUGAAAUGUUGAACAAAGCAUUAGAGGCUUUUGGUGAUCUUGGAGAUGAUGAGGAGUUGGGACCUGCUGACUGGCUCACUGUGAAAAGAUAUAUUGCAAGCUUAAAUGAUGUUGAUACCGAACCUGUACACCCUCACGAUGCAUCAGAAAGUGAAAAUAGUAAUAAUCCGCACGUUACACAUUUGAAGGACAUACGUGAACGUCUUUUGAAUGGAGUCCAAGCUGCUUACUGGAACAUGCUUGAUGAGGGAAGGAUUACACAAUCUUCUGCAAAUAUUUUGAUGCAAUCAGUAGAUGAAGCGAUUGACUUGGUUUCACGUGAGCCUUUAUGUGACUGGAAUGGUUUAAAAGCUCAUGUUCAUUUCCCAAAUUACUACAAGUUCCUUCAAACUAGCGUUUUCCCUCAGAAAUUGGUAACCUAUUUCACCGUGGAAAGGCUGGAAUCUGCAUGUUACAUUUGUGCUUCCUUUCUCCGUGCCCAUAGAAUUGCAAGGCAGCAACUUCAUGAUUUUAUAGGUGAUAGUGAAGUUGCUUCUGUCGUCAUUAAUGAAAGUGAGGCAGAAGGAGAAGAAGCAAAAAAGUUUCUGGAAGAUGUUCGUGUCACAUUUCCUCAGGUUCUGCGUGUUGUAAAAACAAGACAAGUAACAUUCUCAGUUCUAAACCAUUUAAUUGAAUAUCUCCAAAACCUAGAGAAGGUUGGCAUAUUGGAAGAAAAGGAGAUGCUUCAUCUUCAUGACGCAGUCCAGACUGAUUUGAAAAAGCUUCUAAGGAAUCCCCCAUUAGUAAAGAUCCCAAAAAUAAAUGAUCUGAUUAGUCUUAAUCCUCUAAUGGGGGCCCUUCCGCCUUCAGUUCGUGAAUCACUUGAAGGCUCUACCAAGGAAACAAUGAAAUUGCGUGGUGUGACGCUUUACAGGGAGGGAUCCAAGCCUACUGGUAUUUGGCUUCUUUCAACUGGGGUAGUCAAGUGGACAAGUAAGAGCAUAAAAAACAAGCACUCGCUGCAUCCAACCUUCACUCACGGGAGUACUUUGGGCCUGUAUGAAGUGCUAACUGGAAAGCCCUACAUUUGUGACAUGAUCACCGAUUCUGUGGUUCUCUGCUUUUGCAUUGAAAUUGAUAAGAAACAUUCGCUCCGGUCUGAUCCCUCAGUAGAAGACUUCCUCUGGCAGGAAAGUUCUAUUGCUCUUUUGAAACUUUUCCUUCCACAAAUAUUUGAGAAAAUGACAAUGCAAGAUUUGAGAAUUCUUGUUGCGGAAAGGUCAGUGAUGACGAUUUACCUAAGGGGCGAAUCUUUUGAAAUUCCGUACCGUUCCAUUGGAUUUCUGUUAGAGGGUUUCGUUAAAAUACAAGGUGUCCAAGAGGAACUGAUCACAUCACCUGCACCUCUAUUCCCCUCACAUGGUAACCAGAGCUUCCAGAAUCUGGAAACAGCAGGCACCAGGGUAGCCAGUUUUUCUCAUAAAGGAUCCAACUAUCUUGUUGAAACAAGAUCGAGAGUGAUUAUAUUCGACAUUGCAGCAUUUGAAUCUGACAGUGCUCGGAUUAGGCGCUCACCCUCGUUUAUAUCAAAUGCAGUUGAUCAUCCUCAUAGGUCUCUUACUAGAGAGCAUAGUGGUCUUAUGAGUUGGCCUGAGCAAGUUUUCAAAGCAAAGCAGCAAAAGCAGAACCCCGAAGGGAUUGACCGACAAAACAACAACUUGUCUGCGAGGGCUAUGCAGUUAAGCGUUUACGGCAGUUUGGUGAAUGUGAAUCUGAGGAGGCGUGCUCGAAGUUUUCCGAGAAGUGGUCCGGUUAAUCCAUCACACACCGUGUCAUAUCCAAGCAUGCCAUCAUAUCAAGGCCGUUCACACAAUGUGUCAUAUCAGAAUAUUCCAUCAUAUCACCACCGUCCACUGGUUUCAGUCAGAUCAGAAGGGGCAACAACUGUGAGAAAGAACCUUGAAGUGAGAAAAUUCACAGGCCAAACAAAUCCUCCAGGGCAGCAAAGUACAGACCCAAAUAAGAGCCAUGUGGUAGAGGAUUCGAGUGAUGAAUCGGGUGGUGAAGAUGAUGUAAUUGUGAGAAUCGAUUCCCCAAGUACGCUUUCUUUUCCCCAGGCUCCUUGAAUGUUUAUCUCAUGAUUCCGAAAACCACGAUUGUAAUGUUUGAUUCACUAUCGUUCCAAGUAUCAAAACAAAGCGUCUCUGUAAUUUUUUUUUUGUUGGAUCGUAGAGAUCUUAUACGUGACAUCAACUAUCAAUCGAUUGUAGAAAUGAAUAAUUAAAGUUUGCAUAUAUUUCGAUUCGCUCCCCGUUCCCCCUGUGGAGGGUUGAGAUGAAGAAUUACACUUACGUCUGUAAUAAUUUGGCAGAUGCUCAAUCUUGUACAUGAAACUUCUGCUUGUCA